AUGGAGACGAGGAAGAAGAUGGUGGCGGGGGCAAGCAAGGCCUGUCUAGGAAAGGGGUGUAGCUCCGUGGUAGAGUAUCUGGAUGGCAUGGAGAAUGAUCCAGAUGACCCCUCCGCACCCCUCGCGCCCGCACCGCCAUGGACGCCCCCUCUAACUCUGCCUCCUCCUCCUCCUGCUCCGCUGCUGCCCCCCCCGGCCGACGGGCAGGAUGACAGGGCCGCGCCUCGGCCCGCUCAGGACACUCCUGCCUCUCCAGCCACCAAAGAACCCCCCCUCUCGGACCCUUCCUCCUCCUCCUCCUCUGAUGCCCCUCUCCCAACGACACCAUCCGACUGCGGCCUCGCGACGCCAAACCCACCGCCUUCCCCGCAAGCAGCACCACCCAGAGAAGAUGGGAAGAAGGAAGAAGCAGAAGGCGGCGGAGAGGGGGAAGAGGACGGCGGGCGCAAGGCCCCGCUCAUUCUUCUCCGGCCGAGGGCUCGGCCUAUCUCCUCAGCGGCGGCCACGUUCUCUUACCAAGGGCUCCCUAAGCACCACAUCUCCCCAGGUGUCCGUCCUCCACGUCCAGCGCGGUGGAGGCCCAACCAAGGCUUUACGUCUACUGACCAAAUGUCCCAGAAUACCUCAGCGCCAGGCGAGUGGACCCCUCACGGCGCCUUCUACAGUUUCCGACUGGCCAGGGCCCCCCCUCGAACCAUGUCUGCCAAAAACGCUCCCACCAAACCCAAAGAUGCCCCUGCCGCCGCCCUGGCGGAGGACGAGGAGAACCUCAAAGGGGAAGCCGGCCCUGGCCGAGAAGGGGAGCUGCCGUCUCCACCCAUCUGGCUUUGCCUGAUCUGCCGCCUCUCCUUCUGCCGGGGACGCUCCUUGGCGGCUCACGCCCGCGUAACCCAUGGGGCACAGCUGAGCCCCGACGAAUGCCAGGCCCUGUCUGGAGGGGCUCUGCCAUGUUCCAAGGCACCACGCUUGGCUUCCUCGAACCAAAUAAGCCCACCACCAAGGCAGACCUCAAUGUCCGAAUGUGUAGCAGAUGAGACACCGCUGAAGAAGCCCAACGGCAACGACGCUGCAGCUAACGUAGGGUUGCCCAAGGAAGACACCAACGCAGAGUUGGCCAAUGAAGCCUCCGCGCAGAACUGGCCAGAGACGUCGCUUGCGCCGAGUCAACAACGGGCUGAGCGUGGCGGCGGCGGCGGCAGCAGCAGCCACAACGGAGGGCACUCGCUUUCCUUUGGGGAAGACUUCACCGCCAUGGCCUACUCGGGGUUGACUUUGUCCGGCCACAUGUCCCUGCUGCACUCGCGCAACUCCUGCAAGACCCUCAAAUGCCCAAAGUGCAACUGGCAUUACAAGUACCAGCAGACCUUAGACGUCCACAUGAAGGAGAAGCACCCCGAGAACAACAGCCACUGCGCUUACUGCAGCUCCGGCGGGCCGCACCCUCGCCUGGCCCGGGGCGAGAGCUACAACUGCGGCUACAAGCCCUACCGCUGCGAGGCCUGCAACUACUCCACCACCACCAAGGGCAACCUCAGCAUCCACAUGCAGUCCGACAAGCACCUAGCCAACCUGCAGGGCUACCAGGCCACGGGGGGAGGCGGCGGGGCCCCCUCGGUGGCGCCCCCGGUGGCGCCGACCCCGUCGUCACCCGAGGAGAAGGAGUCAAAAGGCAAAUCCUCCUGGCAGUGCAAAGUGUGCAGCUACGAAACCAACAUCUCCCGCAACUUGCGCAUCCACAUGACCUCCGAGAAGCACAUGCAGAACAUGCUCCUGCUCCACCAAGGGCUGCCCCUGGCGCUGCCCGGGCUCCUAGGGCAGGCCCAAGCCGCGCCAGGGGGCAAGGGGCAGCCGGAGCUCUUCCAGUUCUAUGGGGCUCAGGCCCUGGGCCACUCGCACCAUGCACACCCCCACCACGCUCACACCGCGGGCAGCUCGGCCCUGCGGGGGGACAAGACCAUGGAGCAAAGCCAGCUCUUGCUCAACGGAGGUUUCCCACACCUCAACGCUGCCGCCGGCAGGAAGAUGGCUGCCUUGGGCUCAGGUAAGGGAUAGUCGCCUCCCCUCCCCAAUCAUUGC